GGGGUGCUGCUGUAUUUUGGUCCCAAGCAAUGCUGUGCAACAUUUAGUCUAGCAUGAUACAGCCAGGGGUGAGCACCCACGUUUUCUCACACUAAAGGUGCCGAAGGGGACCGAGCACUUUAGGGAUACCAUCAACCCAGAGGAAGUGUGCCACCAUGUUUAAGACCAGCUACACGCGCGAAGUGCGCAAGGAGAAAUAUGUCUAUGAUCAGGAACCCGAGGCCUCUGAAACCUCUGCAGGCAUCACGGCCAUCCAGGGUUGGGAGAGCCUUCAAGAGCUCAACAACCGCUUUGCCCGGUACAUCAACAGGGCACGGGUCCUGGAGCAGCGCAACGCCGUGUUUUGUAAGCAACUGGAGACCCUGCAGAAGAUGGAAGAAGCCAGUGGGCUGGAGGAGGCCUUCACAGAACAGAUUGGAAUCAACAGGCAGCGCAUCAGACAACUGAGUUCUGAUCGCUCCAAACUGGAGCGGGAGCUGAAGGAGGCUUGUCGCAUGUUGGAAGAAUUCACUAGCAAAUAUAAAAAUGAAUGUGAUUGUCAAGAGCAGCUGCGGGGCACACUGGAAAAUUUAAACAAGGAGGCAGACAGCGCCCUGCUGAAAAACUUGGAGUACCAGAUCGAGUCUCAGUUUUUGCAGGACGACAUCAAUUCUACCAGAGAAAGGCAGAAGAAGAAUCUUGCAGAAAUCCAAACCUACGUGAACAUUUUGCAGCAAAUAAACCAAACACUACCCCUCGUUCCCAAUGUGUCAGCUGGCAUCUCGGAGGAGCAGGAUAAACUGUUGGCCCAGAAGAAAGUAGAGGGUCUGCAGAAACAGCUGGAGGAGUACAAGAGCAGCAUCUGUCAGCUGCAGGCUCAGAAACAACGCCUGAAGAAUGAGACUGCAAUGCUGGAGCAGGCUAUAAAAGCCACUCAGGACAACUAUGACAGCGAGAUCCAGACGUACAACGAGAGAAUUGAAUCCCUUCGUAAGGAGAUUGAAGAUGCAGAGAGGUCUCUGGAUAAGUUCACAAGUGAAUGUCGCCACCUGGCCAUGUACCAGACAUCACUGGAAAACGAGCUGGAGCGAUACAAGAGGAUCAUCGAGAACGAGGACAACAGGUUGAAUUCUGCAAUAAUUGGCACUCCCAUUACCUUGUUUACAGCUAAUUUCCAACACACUCACACACCCAGCCCAUCAAGCAGAGGAAGAGAUAUUACCCAGGCUUUCCAGGAUAUCACAAGCAUCAAGCCUCGACAGAAGACACUUGCUAAAAAGGUCAUGAAGAAGAAAGAGCUGACCCCAAAAGAUGUAAUUGAAAGUGUUCAGGAGGAAAGAAAUGGUGGAGAGGACAAAACAAAGGUGACCACAUCUGAUGAAGUGCAGGAGGAGAGCAUGAAACGACAAGAGCAGUCACCUGUUCUCACUGGCGUGCCUUCGCAGGAUGUCCCAGACGGAGCUCAGAUCAGCAAAGCCUUUGACACGCUUUGUAACAUCGUCCGAGAAAGAAUGAGGAGGUACAAGAGGCCCGAGCCGAUAGCGGACUUCUACACCAGAGGUCGUUAUGUUCUUGUUACCGGUGAUGGCAGCUACCUGGAUCCCUGCUUCCACACCUCCACACCAUCAGGCAGCCGCAUCUUUGUUACCAUCAGAGAUGAAAUGACGUCUCCUUAUGACCCUUAUAGGCGCAACACACCCUCUCCUCUACCCCCUCAGCCCAUGGUGGACCCCAGGCCUAUAAGCCCGAGCUUUCCUCCACAUGGAGGAGAAGGUAAAGAUGAUAACAAGGGUGGUAGAGCUAAAGAUAGUGAAGGGAAAGGGAAAAACAAAAAUGGAGACCCCUAUCCAAGCCCUGUUCCUCCACCAUGUGGCCCCAGCUCCCAUGAUCCCACUCCUCCUGGCAACAAGUCCAAGAAAAAUAGGGACGACAAUGGCCCGAGCAGAAUUACUCCAAAGCCCGCACCUCGUGCUGACAGCACCAGUUCCAGCACCACCAGCACCAGUACCAGCAGUUCCAGCAGCUUCACCCCGGACACCAUGAGCUAUGAGAAAGUGGAGGUGGUGGAGUCUGUGGAGAAGUUCUCCAGUGAUCGCAGAGUUAAAGAUUAUGAAGAAACUUCCAUGGUGGUGGAGACCAUGAUUGAAAAGUCUACCAAGAAGAAACACUAAAACCACCGGGUCCAAACGGGACUGUCUUCAGAUUGAAUAACAUUCAUUUUCAAGUCGCUCUAAAGAUUCCUUCUCAUAGGGAGACCAAUUAAAUCAAACGCAUUACUGCUCUGAUAGUUACAACUUUUUCUAUUUGCUUGCAGUUUCUGCUAAUGAGUCCUGAAUGCUUAUCACUAGCUCUAAGUGCUGCUGUUGUUCAGCUUGCACCCAUGCGAUUAGUCCUUUACUGUUUGAAAACUUGGGAAACAAAGCUCUAUGCAACCAGAAA